GAUGAUGACUGGCUGGACGACGACCUUGACGACGACCUUCUCGAAUGAGGGUUGUGUGCCUACACUACUGUCGCGAGGACAAGUGACUGGUUGUUAGACUCAGGAGCGAACAUCAACGUAUGUAAUAAACUCUCCUAUUUCACAACCUAUACUGUACACCACAAAGGUCUAAAAUAGAUAUUGAGUUUCCGCAGGUUAAAUAAACUGGGGCUGCAGAUUGACACCGAAAAACUGGUUCUUUACAGCAGGCAAUAUAAAUUAAAAUACAAAUUAAAAUGGGUAAAUGAUGUAAUGAUGCUGUCAAAUAUUGUUGUUAGACGUAACAACAAUAAGCUGCGACAAACAGCAGCUGCUCAUCAGACUGAUCAUCUGAUAACUAACCCGAAAAUGGGGGUGGCAAUCUUACCCAAUGAUUCUCAAGAAGAUAUCCAGUUCAAUCCUGACAAACUAGGAGAGCUGGAAAUAACUCAUGGUCCGUUCAAAGAAUGGUUCGAAAUAUUUAGACAAAAAGGGAAUGAGUUAUUAAAAGACGGCUUCGAUAAUAAAGAAGCAUUUGAACGCGCUGGUGCGAAAAAGCAUUCUAUGGGAAUCCAAAAUACAUCGCUGAGUUCAUAA